UUGCGUCGCGCGUCACGGCUGGCGUUGGAUACCGAGCGGAACGGCCGGUUCGCAUACCGUGAACGGAUCUGCCUGAUACAGAUUUCCGACGGGAGCGGGACGUACCUGUUGGACCCGUUGUCGGUGAAGGGAUUGGACGCCCUUGGUGAGGUGCUGGCGGACGAGGCGGUGGAAAAAGUGAUACAUGGUUCCGAAGAGGAUGUGCGCUACUUCGACCGUGACUUCGGGUUUGAGGUGAACAACCUGUUCGACACCGGGUUGGCGGCGCGAUUCCUUGGGGUAACACGUCCAAACCUGGGCGCGGUGCUGGAAGAGUUUUGCGGAGUCGGUAUCGCCAAGGACCCCAAGCUUCAGGUGUCGCAUUGGGGAUUGCGGCCGCUAUCGGGUCCGGCGCUGGAUUACGCGGCCAGCGACGUGCACCACCUGCUGCCGCUGGCGGACGAGCUGGGGUACCGGCUGGAGAAACUAGGGCGCGUCGAGUGGGUGCAGGAAGAGUGCGCGCGAAUCGAGGCGUUGCGACAUCCUCCGGAAGAACCGCUGGAGACGGCGUUCCGCCGGAUCAGAGGAUGGGAAGGAUUGAACCCUCGUGAAGCGGCGGUGUUGCAGGAACUGUACGCGUUCCGGGACGGGAAGGCCUGCGCCUGGGAUGUUCCGCCGACACAAGCGGCGAGCAACGGCGAUCUGCUGGAACUGGCGCAGUGCAACGGCAGUCCGCCCCGGAGGAUCGGCGGAAUGCUGGCUACCCGUUGCUUCGGGGAGUUGGCGGAAGCGAUUGAACGAGGAAUGACCGGGCCCGAAGCGCCGAGACCACCAAGGUCGGACCGGGGCGCAGAUCCGUGGGGACCGGAGAGCAGGGAACGGCUGAAGUCGCUCAAACAGUGGCGCGCGGGAUGGAGCCACGGGCUCGACCUCGCGGUUAGCCACAUCUGGCCGACUCCGAGCUUGGAGCGGAUCGCGUUGCGGCCGGAGCGGCUGGAUUAUGAAUUGGCCGGCGGCGACGGGGAGGUGCGGGAGUGGCAGCGGAAAGAGUUUGGGGAAGAGUUAGAAAGGUUGGUGACCCAGACGUAA